AUGGUGUUGAAAGAACUGGAGAAGUCAAAGAACAUGAUCUCACAGGGCUCCCAGUGGUCUCCAGUCUCCUCCAAUCUCUCCUGCUCACAGUUUUCAAUAUUUUUAUUUUUCCUUCCAAGGCUUAAGACCGAAGACAAAAAGACCGAAGAAGAAAAAAAAUUCAGACGGCAAGCAACUUCAAGUGGAGACAGUAAACACAGAUCUACCAAGGGUCAGUGGCACAGUUCACCUUUUGUGGAGGCGCCUGAUAUCAACGUGAAACGCACUGCAGUACUUCGUGCCCUUCCUGUAUACCUGCGGGAGGAGGACCCAGAAUUCUUUAAGACAUGUAAUGCGGACGCAUUGGAUGAGUUGACCCUCAUUGACACUCCAGUUGCCCUUCUCACAGUGGUUACCAACAGCGCUUCCCAGACCAGUCCAGUCCAUUUUACUUCCUCAAGCAUGGCUGUUGUGGUGGAAGAGGACUUGGUGAUGCGUGAUAUUCCCAGAUUUGCAGAUGCAUUUGCUUUACUAUUUGACUUGAUCUAUGCUCUGCAUUUAGAGUACCCCACGAAGCUGGUUCACACAUUUACCUUCGUCCAAAAAAUCUUCAUGGGGCUUGAUGACGGCAAACCCCUGAAACCCUGCCUACAUGCUCUUAAAAAUGAUUUGUUGCUGAAAGAGUAGUUCUCGAAGGAAUAUAAGGCAAUGUUUGUUAGGACAUGCACUCUGUUACUGAGCACUUUGUUUGAAGCACUUUAUUUAAAGCACUUUAAGUUUACUACAGGCUUUGGUUGGAUUUAACUCCAUCAGUUUACCUAAUUUUCCUAUACUUGCCUGCCUGUUCUGGUUAUUUUGAAGCUGAUCGUCUUUAUUUGUACCCAUUUUGAAAGAAUUGUUUUUCAUUUCUUUAAAAAAAAAAAAGUGAUUAGUAUUUGACUUUUUGUU